GCGCGACGCGCCACAAUUUUGACUUCCUUCCCCACAACUGACCGCUACCCUGCGACCUGCGACCUGACCUGCGAGUCGCAAGUGACGAACAUCACGCCAAACUCGUACUCACGAGCAAUUGACCACCUCGAACCCGUGUCAUAAUUCCUCGCCCCUCGAGAAUCACCGAGUCAACAGCGACAUUAUCUUCGAUAUAAUCCCCCCCCCUAUCCCGCCGAGAUCCAAGCCAUCGCCAUGCCCUCACGUAAGAGCGAUGCUCGUCGGAGCGACGUGUCUGUGGCAAGGUUUGUGCUCGCCGACGAAGAUAGUGCCAUGACUACAGAGUCCCCCGCCCCGGAACCAGCAGCACCAGCGGCAUCAGCAAUAGCAGAACCCUCGGUGUCCGGCUCAACGCCUGGCCCGCAACAGCCUGGCGAUAAGAAGGACAAGGACAAGGAAAGGGAAAGGGAACGGGAGAGGGAGAGGGAUACGUUAACAAUCGAGGACCUAACGCUGCCCAAGUCCAUCAUCACCCGGUUGGCAAAGGGCGUGCUACCGCCCAACACACAGAUACAAGCCAAUGCCAUACUAGCGCUAACCAAGAGCGCGACGGUGUUUAUUAGCCACCUAGCCAACGCCGCAAACGAUUUCACAGUCGGCUCCAACAAGAAAACAAUCAACCCCGCCGACGUCUUCAAAGCCCUAGACGAGAUCGAAUACGGCUUCAUGCGCGAACGGCUCGAGGCUGAGUUUGCUAAAUUCAACGAAGUCCAAACCUCCAAACGCUCCACCUACCGCAAAAAAGUCGCCGCCGCCAAAAAAGCCGGCGGCCCCAGCAGCGGCGACCCCGCCGACCAGUCCAUGACAACCGACGCCGGCGGCAGCGGCGGCGCAGCCGACGUCUCCAUGAUGAGCACGGGCUCGACCACACUCGGCGGCGACGGCGGAAACGACGGCGACGAGACCGAGACCGAGGUCGACCGCAGCGUGCUGUCGCAGCGCGAUGUCGCUCCGGGCGCGGGCGCGGGCUCCGGAUCCGGCUCCGGUGGGGAGGUGCGCGCGGCGAAGAAGGCGAGGCUCGAUUCGAGUGUUGUUGGUGGGGGUGUGGGUGGGGCGCGGAUGGAGGUGGAUGGGGAGGAGGAGGUGUCGGAUGCGGAGACCGUGCCGGAGGAGGAGGAGCAGGAGGAAGAGGAGGAUGAGGAAGAGGAGGAGGAAGAAGAGGAUGAAGAGGAGGACGAUGAGGACGAUGAGGAUGGGGAGGGUGCGGAGGGGAGGGGGGAUGAGUUGGAGGAGCGGGCGAAGAGGGUGGAGGAGGACGAGGCGCUGGAUGAUGAUAGUGAUUAG